GCUCAGUAUAUAAAGCGGCACAACGACGGAAGGAGGACGGCUGGGGAGUCGCAGCCCGGGAUUGUAAAUAAGACCGUUGUAACUGUGUUUUAUUUGCAAAAGUAAUGCCGGCUGUUUGAAAAAGAUCGUUCCCAGUUGUUUUAAUUCGCUUUUGGUAAUUUUUUGGGCUCUGUUUCUCGCUUAUUUCCGCGUGGUUUCUAGACUACGCGUAUAAUGGCGAGCUCGGCUAACUCGAAUCCAGUGCCUAAACUUUACAAGUCUGUGAUUGAGGAUGUGAUCAACGAGGUGCGGGAGCUGUUCCUAGACGAGGGAGUAGAUGAACAAGUGCUGCUGGAGCUGAAGACGCUGUGGGAGAAUAAACUGUUGCAAUCCAAAGCCGUGGAUGGGUUCCACACUGAGGAGCAGGCAGCCCUGCAGGCCACCCAGCAGCAACAGCAGCAGCAGCAGGUUCAGCAGGUCCAACAGAUCCAGCAACUCACCCAGCCCGCACAGACCCAGCAGGUUCUCCUGCCAACCCAACAGCAGCAAGCUCCCCAGCAGCAAGUCAUUGUGCAGGAUUCAAAGAUUCUGCAGCACAUGAGUGCAACAGGGAUGAGUGCAGCAGCUACCGCAGCAACCCUCGCUUUACCCACAGGGGUCACCCCGUACCAACAGCUCAUCACCAGCCAAGGUCAGAUCCUGCAGGUGGUCCGAGCUCCCAACGGGACUCAGUACAUCAUCCCACAGCCCCAGCAGCAGAUUCUCCUGCAGCAGCAGAUGCAGCCUGGUGGCGUGCAGGCGCCAGUCAUACAGCAGGUCUUGGCUCCCCUCCAGGGAGGGCUGCCUCCGCAAACCGGAGUCAUCAUCCAGCCCCAGCAAAUCGUCUUAACGCCUUCUUCAGGAAACAAAGUCCACGGCAAUACACAGGUGAUGCAGGCGGCGGCAGCUAUGGCGUCACAGCCGGGCCAAGCAGCAGCUCAGGUGCAGCAGGCCCAGGGUCCAGCUGCACUACAGGCGGCGCCGCAGCCUCAGGCUCAACAGCAGGCCCAGCCUCAGGCACCGCAGCCUCCCAUGAUGCUUCAGGUCGACGGAGCAGGAGACACUUCCUCAGAAGACGACGAGGACGAAGAGGAAGAGUAUGAUGAAGACGAGGAGGAGGAGAAGGACAAAGAUGGGGGAGAGGACGGGCAGGUGGAGGAGAAGUCGCUGAACAGUGACGAUGAUGUUAGCGAUGAAGAGGACCAGGAGCUGUUUGAUACAGAAAACGUUGUGGUGUGCCAGUACGACAAGAUCCACAGAAGUAAGAACAAAUGGAAAUUCCACCUGAAGGACGGGAUCAUGAAUCUGAAUGGGAGAGACUUUGUCUUCUCCAAAGCCAUCGGGGACGCUGAAUGGUGAAGCAGAGGAGAGAAAAAAAACAACAAAAGAACAGGAGCAGGAACUCUGUAACUCCUUCUGUCCAGUUAACAGACGCUUCAAUAUUCUUCCAUAUCCUGUGACUGGAUCGAUUUCAGGUAACCUCUUCAGAGUCUAUGAGAACUCUGCCGAUCCCAAAA